AUUGCCAACAAAAUGGCUAACCAUUUGAACAUUUUUAACAUUUGAAGUAACGUCGUAGUCAAUAAACGGGCUUCGCAGUUAUGGGUUCGGGUUCCAGUACACAAGUACACUCGAUCAUGGAAUCUGACAGAUCAAAGAGUCUUGAAGAAAAGCCAGGUGAUUCUAUAUUUUCAGUCAACGAAAAGAAAGAAGCAAAGAAUUCACCAAGUUUGUUAGCAAAAACCCCAAAAUUAGAAGGUAUUCAACAGUUGGAGAAACUAUUGGCAGACAGUGAGAGUCGGCGACUCGACCUGGAGGAUCGAAUUGAAAGUCUUGAGGAAACUGUUAGAGAGCUGACCGCUGUUGCAGACUCUGCGACGGUCAAUCAGGACACGAUACGAGCUAAAGAUGAGCAGAUCACUCAGCUGGAACUCACGUGUCAGGACUUGCAGAAAGAAAUAUCACAACUGAAAUUAAAGCAUAAGCUUCGCAUUAAGAAGUUGAAUGCUCAGCUGACGGAGGCGAAACAGGAAUCGUCGAUACGACACUUUGAGCUGAAAUCAGAGCAGGACAAACUCAUGGAGGAAAAUCUGCAGCUCCAACAAAAACUACACACAUUUGAAAAGGAAGGAGCAGCACAAAACGAUGGCCACCAAAGGAUGGAUCUGAUCGUUGAGCUGUCGGGGCAGGUCUCCGAGCAGAGUGACGAGAUAGACAGACUGGAGAGGAGGAUCAAAGAGAAGGACAGAAUCAUCGAGAGACUGGAGCAGACGCAAGCUUCUCUCAUUGCUGGAGCAGACGGGCAGACGUCUGCCACAGAAAGCUGCUCGAGUUUCACAGCUGACAGCAAAGCUGUUGGUGUUGAUAGACUGGUGUCUAGUAAACCAUACGACCUGUCUUCUUACUGCCACAAGGAUUAUUCUAACUCAGGACCAGUCUUGGAGAGACCGGCAGGCAGAUGGCAGUCCAGUAAUGAACAGAAUGAGGGAGAUAAAAAUGAUGAUAGAAAAGGUGAAAGAAAAAUGUGGCAGCCCAGUAAUGAACUAAAUGAGGGAGACAAAACGAGUGAUAGAAAAGAUGAAAGAAAAAAGAAAUUUGGAAUGAGCAAAUCUCAGUCAAAUGCAGCAAGAUUUGAUGAUGAUAAGAAGGAAAAGAAUGGAUUUCCCCAACUUCUGUCGGACUCCGAUUCAGACAUCAGUGUUGACAGUGAGUUCUCACUGAGCAAGGUUCACAGUGCACCACCUGUGUACACUGGAGGUCAGCACAGGAGUGUUGCAAACAAGAGGAUACAGAAGAGGAGGGCUGUUGAGAGUCCCAACAAACCACAGACCAUGUUCUUACCUGUUAAAGGCUUUGAGGAUGAUGAUUUGUUCUCUGUCAGUGCUGAAUUUGAGCCCGCGAUCACUAGUAAUGUAGAACCUAUUGCAUAUUGAAAGUACCAUUAUAUCUUGAAAUAGAGAAGGGCUUUUGAAUUUAAAAGAUACUGUUUGUUUUGUUUAAUGACACCACUAGACCACAUUGAUUAAUAAAUCAUCGGCUGUUGGAUGUCAAACAUUUGUAGUCUUCAGAGGAAAUCUGCUAAAUGUUUCCAUUAGCAGCAAAGAAUGCACUUUCCCACAGACAGGACAACACAUACCAUGACCUUUGAAAUACCAGUUGUGGGAUACUUUUAAUAGAGAUAAAAAACCCUAAUCAGAGAAUGGGUUCACCGAGGAGGUUCGAUCCUUCGACCAAAGCACCUGAAUCAAGUGCUAUACUGAUUGAGCUAGAUGCCGAAACAAACCACAGACCAGGGGCCUAAUUCACAAAGGUCUCUUAGGCUCUGCUAGACAACAAAGCAUCCUCUUUGCAAGUCUUUUAGCAUUGCACUGCGAGAUCACAAAGUUGCGAGAGUUUAGUGAAUUAGGCCCGUGUUCGGACAGGUUAAAGGUUUUGAAGAUGAUGAUUUGUGCUGUGUCAGUGCUAAAUUUGAGCCAGCGUCGCAAUCAUGGGUGAUGUAGAACCUAUUACAUAUUGAAAUUAUGUCUUGAAAUUAGUGUUCAAAAUUAGCUGCAGGCCUCUCAGAAUUGUAAAUUUGCAUAAACCAUUUAUAGGUUAUUUAAAGACAAAUUCAGUUAACCCAUUUUUUGUGUGUGUAACUGCUAUUACUAUGUAAAUGGUGUUUAAAUGUAUCGCAGGAAUUACAAAUGAAUUAUGUAAAAUUUAACUUGGGUUAGCAACAUGCAAAUGAAACAAUCAUUCUUGUAAUUUUCAAAGGCUUGAAUUGGAAUAUCAUCGGUUAUAAAUUGGUUAUACAAUCGGUUGGAAUAUAUGUGUAUAUAUAUAUAAGGAUUUGAAUUAUUAAGGUUUUGCACCUAUUGUCAUGUUCACCAAUACCUUUGUAUUCAGUAUGUUUGCUUUACAUACUUAAAAACAAAUCAAAACCACAGCACAUAAUAUAUUUUAUCACGUUGACAGUCCAUUAUGAAUUUCAUAAUGGGGCACAGUUGAUAAAUUUUUUAUCUCUUAUAAUACAUUACCACUCUGACUUGACUUGAGGCCUUCGGCAAUUUGUUCCAUGAUAGUGUCAUUGCUCAUCUCAGCACAGUGAUAAAGGACAUAUUGUGUAUUGAAAUUGUAAACUCAGCAAUAUUAAGGGCCAGUAAACUGUAUGAUCAGUUUUUGCUGGUGUUAUGUUAUCAAGUUUUGAUCACAGAUGUUGACCACUGGUGCACGCACAAAUUGUGCAAGCGGUGAUCUCUAGACUCUAACCUGACUUGAGGUCUUCAGUAUUUUACUAUUCUUAUAUAAUGUUAAAGAGACAUUCCUGAGUUUGCUGCAUUGUAAGAUGUUUGCGAAUAAUAAAAUAUUUCUAAGAUUAAAUUUAUAUUAAAUAUAUUUUGUUGUUUAGAAUAUCAGUGUCUGUAUAUUCAA